GCUUCUCGCGCCAUCUCUGUGCGCCUGCGUACUGUGGCUCUGCGCAGCCCGGGAGGCGGGUCGUAGUUGCGGGAGGGUACGGCGACUGAGGAGGCAGAACUGCGAGGUGUGGGGAGAGGGCGCUGCGUAGUGUGGAGAGGGGCGGUGUGAAGGUGAGAAGAACGGUUAAGCAGCUCUCCGGCCGGGGACUAAGCGCCUCCUCCUGGGGACAGACUAUCUGGUUGCAGGGGCCGCGCUCUUGGAGCCUGAUUGGUUGAAGAGACAUUCUCAAACCCCUGGGGAACCCAAGCCGCUGUGGGGCAGGGGACCCCCUCCUCGGUUUAGUACUUCUACGCCUCUUAUCACAGGGCCCUUUCCCUAGUGGCCUAUGACCCUUGUCCGCGGUCUUGGAGACAUUGCGGCCACCACAGUGGCGCCUCUGUCUGAAGAGGGGCAAGUGACCUCUGGCCUCCAAGCUCUAGCUGUGGUGGAUACCGGAAGCUCUUCUGCUUCGGCCAAUAAUGCCGAGGAAGAAGGGGGAGGAGGCCGGAAAGAGGCUGAGCCUCAGAGGUCUGGGGUCGAGGAGGUGCAGGGAGAAGUCCCCAGAGCUGAGGGGGAAGAGCAAGCCAAGGGAAAAUCCGAGGACUGGUGUGUGCUCUGCAGCGAUGAGGAGAUGGAGCUGCCCGAGGAUGGGCAGCCCUGGAUGCCACCCCCCUCCGAAAUCCAGAGGCUGUAUGAACUGUUGGCUGCCCACGGUACUCUGGAGCUUCAGGCUGAGAUCCUGCCCCGCCGACCACCCACGCCUGAUGCGCAGAGCGAAGAGGAGAGAUCCGAUGAGGAGCCAGAGGCCAAAGAGGAGGAAGAGGAAAAACCGCACAUGCCCACAGAAUUUGACUUUGACGAUGAGCCAUUGACACCAAAGGACUCUCUGAUUGACCGGAGACGCACCCCAGGAAGCUCAGCCAGGAGCCAGAAACGGGAAGCCCGCCUAGACAAGGUCCUCUCAGACAUGAAGCGACACAAGAAGCUGGAGGAGCAGAUCCUUCGCACUGGCAGGGACCUCUUCAGCCUGGACUCAGAGGACCCCAGCCCCAGCAGCCCCCCACUCCGGUCCUCAGGGAGUACUCUCUUCCCCCGGCAGCGGAAAUACUGACUGCUGCUGCCCUAACCCUUAAGAUGCAGAGCAUGUCCCUGGGCCUUGUCCUGCCCUUCCUAAUCCAGGGCACUGAGAAACCUGGGAAGAGGAGAGAAACUCCAAGCUCCCAACACAGUACCUUGCCAGAAAGAGAGUAUGUGUGUGUGUGUGCUGUUGAACAUCUGUUUGGAUUUUCUGAAUCUAAAAUAAAAAAUACAAAGUUCUCGUAGAGGAGGAGCUUCAGCUGGAUCCCAAACCAUUGUGGAAAGGCAGAAUUGUAUUUGCUCAGAUUGGGAAACUAAAGCCAGAUGAGGCAGAGUCAGUCUGCACCUGUCCCCUGUCUUGGACCUUCCAGCUGUGCAGUCUCACUCCAGCACUGCCACCUGGCCGUCAGGCUGAAUGAGUUGUAGUUCUUCAGCUGUACCCAGAGGAGAAAAGGAGAACCAGCGGCAAGGGCCCUUUAAAUGCCCAAGCCCCACCCCCCAAGCCUGCCCUGCCUGGGACUUUAGGGCUGGCCUGGGCCAGGCCUGUCAGUUUCCUGAUCUGAGGAGUCUUGUAGCCGCUGUAUUUGUGGAUGUGAGUACUUUGGUGUAGCCCCAGAGCCCCAAACCAGUGGUGGGAUCUUGUGUCCCUCAAGGCUCUCUUAGCCCUCACCCGCCUUCUGGGAGGGCCUUGUUCUGCUGGGGAAGGUAGGACCUCUGAAUGAGAGUAGGGAGGAAGUGGAUUGGAGUGUGGCCUCAAGACGUUUUGCUUUUCUUGUUGGAUGUUUCUGUCUUUGGAAGUAAGGUAGAUCAAUUUGUCACCUUGCCAACACCCCUCACCUUCAAAAUUUCAGGCCCCUCUGACUUAAGGCUCUCACAUCAGAAAUAACAGCAGGAGGCCACUCAAACUCUCUUCUGGAGCUAGAUUGAUCUCUGCAAUCUAUACUCAUCUGUCCCCUUCCCUGGGGACCUAGACUCUGGCCUGUCCCCUUGAGAUUUUAGAAUGUGACUUAUCCCCAUUAAGAUCACUUAACUAUGCCAAAUGUUGAGAUUUUCCUACUGCUCCACUCAGGGCUGUGCCAACUGUGGUCCUUGCAGAUCACUUGACAAGUCAUUAGCAGAAGGAAUUUAAGGUAGGCUUGAUUUCCUGAAGGUGUAGUUUGGUGAGCAAGGCUUUUUUUAUUUCAUUUUUUUUUCUUUGAGGGGAGGAAGUGAAAAGCAGGAAACCCAUUUGGACCCACCAGCCUGUGGUGGAUCCUGGAUCUGGCGCUCAGGAGUGGAGCAUAAAGGGGCGGGAAGUCAUAGUGAGGCAGAUAUCCCUCUGUUCUCUGCUCCCUGCCUGGGUAGACUCCUAGGAAAGGCUGGUUGUCAGGUGCGAUGUCAACGGACUCCCUGGAAACUCCUGUUUUAGCCUUUAGCACACAGGGUACCCGCCUGCUCCUGAUGAACCUUUCUGAGCAGGGAAGCCCUCCAAAGCCUUGAUUAGGUAGGGCAGCCACUUUGAAUGGAUGAUGGUCCAGGGACAACCUGAGGGCUCCAGGGUAACUCAUGCCUCUUUGUUGGGUGUUGCCCUCCCAGGUUGCAGAAAAUGCUCACCUUUGGACUGCUAUUGACGCUGUUUCCUCCAGAGUGCCCAGCCCUAGUUAAGGUCCUUACCUUCUUGUUCUGUGCUUAGUCUUAACACUGCUGCCUGAGAAGCCAUGCUGCCUCCUGGUUUGAGGGCUCUGCAAUCAUGCUACCUGGCGUGGAAUUCUGGAUCCAUUUUUUGAUCAUUGUGUGAUCCUGAGCAAUGUUUCUUAACUUCUAGGCUCUUGUGAGGAUUAAAUGAGUUAAUUAAAGGCACUUAA